AUGGACUCGUCUCCCGGUAGCAAGGCCACCGAGCCUACGCUGCCCUCCACAGCCGGCGUAAAACGCCCUGCUCCAUCUCUACUCCCGCCAUUCGAGCCUCUCUCCUCCUCACCAGGGCUCCCUCGACCGCUCAAGCGACAGGCACGGGCCGGCUCAUUAGGGGCAAAUGCGUACCUCAAGUACCCGACUCCCGUCCCGACGUCCAGCACGGGCAUCCUGUCCUCGUCCCCGCCACGCGUCAGAGCGCGACCUGCGCUCGCCCGGGCGCCGUCCAACACCACGGAACGCGCCCCGCUCUCGGCCGUGCCCUCCAUCGAGCUCAACGAGAACGGCGAGACCCUCCUGAUGGGCCGCUCGAGCAACUCGUCCCACUACCAGCUCUCCGCCAACCGGCUCAUCAGCCGCGUGCACGUCAAGGCGCGCUACAUCCCGGCCUCGAGCCCGCUCGAGCUCAACAAGGUCGAGAUCAUGUGCAACGGCUGGAACGGGCUGAAGCUGCACUGCCAGGGCCGGACGUGGGAGCUCGCCAAGGGCGACACCUUCACGAGCGAGACGGAGAACGCCGAGAUCAUGAUGGACGUGCAGGACGCGAGGGUGCGGAUCCACUGGCCCAAGAAGGAGAGGCAGGAGUCGCUGGCCAACCUGUCCGACUCGUCCUGGGACGACUCGCCUCGUGCUCCGAGGACGACGGGCAACACUGGGGGCUCCGGGCUGCUGCAGUCUAGCCCGCUGCGGAGGAACACCCGCAUCGCAUCCCCAGAGUCGCCCACGCCGGCCAACAACUCGCACGGGUCUGCGGCCAGCCUGCAUGCACUGCUGCCAGAUACGCGCGAGAACUCGCCCGGUGCCCAGAUCCAGAUCUACGAGGACGGGAGUGCGGACGAGCAGGAGCUGCCCAAGCAGGUCGAGCAGGACCCCGGCACGAGCUUCAUGACCGAGAUCACAAACAGCUUCUCGAGCGACCUGAGCGAUCUGCAGUCCUCCGAGGAGGAUGAGAACGACCCCAACGAGGAGAACGAUCCCAUCAUCCACUCCUUUGGCCCCUUCGGUGCCAACCUGUCCAACCGCCUCGCCUCCUUCUCCACACUGAGCCCCAAUGUGCGGCACUCCCCGACCAGCCGCAACGUCUCCCACGGCCACGACCCAUCCACCAUCGUCGCCGCCUCCACGACCAGGGCCCUGGCGUCAGUCCUGGAAUCCGACGACCCGCCCAGCAAGCCCACCUCGGACUCCUCCAAGCCCACUCCGAUCCCGGAGCCCGCCCCGGCGGUGGUCAUCCCGGCGCACAUCAGCGUGCCCACCAUCACGAACCACCUCGUCAACCAGCUCGCCUUCUCGCGCCUCUCGUCGGUGCCCCUGUCGGCCAUCAUGCACAACCUGCCCGCCGAGGAGAAGCGCGACCUGAGCAAGGACUGCCUGCGCCACAUCAUCGAGACGACCGACUGCGUCGGCAUCAUCCCGCGCCAGGGCAAGGACGCCGCCGGCAAGGCCCUCGAGAGCGAGUACUACUACGUGCCCGAGCGCGACGGCGACGAGUCGCGCCGCGCCGCCGUCGUCGACGGCCUGCGCAAGCCGAGCCUCAGGAACUGCCGGAAGCAGCACAAGCAAUAUUACUGGAAGAAGCCGAGAACACCGUAA